GCUUUGGACAUGGUUCUGGAAGGGCAACAACACCGAAAUUGAGCAUCAAAGAAGAUGACGCUCGAAAAAUUGUCGAAAGAGAGGGUGCAGUGGACGCAGGUGCGAUGGUCCUGACCGCUUUGCUGACAUUUCGUCAUUUUCCAACUUAACGUUGACCCCACAAGUGCCUUACACAGACCGACAAGACCCGACCGAAACAGCAUGUCGACCUCUGUGUACCAAUUCGUCUCCACCAUGACCCCGCGGUUCGCGUCGGAAGUACUGAAACCCAUGACGCUCUCAUCGUCUUCCGCCUCAAGCAAGGCAUUCGCACCCUAUUUGACUUUCCAAUGCGGUGAAUGCCCGCGACAGUUUUCGCGUCGCUAUGCGUUGCAGGAGCACCUCGCUACGCACACAGGCGAGAAGGCCUACCGAUGCCCUGCACGCGGCUGUGGUAAGCGCUUCACCACAACCAGCAACCUGGCGCGCCACCGCCGUCUGCACGGCGACGAACUGCAACCGCUCGCGUGUCCUUCACCUGGGUGCACCAAGAUGUUCACCACGCAGCACAAACUACAGCGUCACGUGCGCGUGCACGUGGGCACACCCAUGCGCCGCUGCAAGUUUGCGAAUUGCAACAAGACCUUUAGCUCUACGGGCAACUUGAACCGCCACAUGCGCAACCAGCACAUCCGCUUCGGACACCCGCUGGCCAGCGAGGCCAAGAAAGAGGAGCAGUCGCCCACGAGCGUGGACACCGACCCAGUCAAUAUGUACGCGUGGGGUGGCAACAGUCCUACUGGUGUUGAGAUGCAGGUCACCCCUAUUGGCGAGGACUUGAAGCUGGACGCUAGCAGGGAACACUACGUCUCCGAUGAAGAGCUACUGGAAGUGCUCUCGUGCCUGCUAGAUGAUGACGAACCAAAAGACAAGAAGGAAAAAUCCAAGGACGUAGUGACGGCCACGACACUACGUCCGGCAAAGUCAAAGCAGGUUGAGCUGUAGAGAGGUUGAUUGAGCUCACCAAGCUGGUAUUCUAUUCGUCUAACCUAAAUUUUGAGAUCAUGUGACACGAACCGUUAACUUGAUUUUUGUA